AUGGCGCCUGAAAGACCCGUCUUACAACCCCUCAAGACGCCAAAGACGCCAAAGACGCCAACCCUCCCGUCUGAAAUACAAUGUGUUUCUCAAUCGGACACCAAGACCGACAAGCCUAUGCCAAAGCCAAUAACCCCGCCACUUGCCUAUACCCAGUUCCUAAAGGCAAUGAAACCUGAGAUUCAAAGCCCUAUCAGCCCUGCAGCCGGCUUUUCUAGAUAUCCCAUUGAAAAGUUAGGCACACCGUCCACAACAACAACAACAAGCGUGUCAUUUCCUCACGGUGGCGAAUUCGUGACAUCUGAGUCUGGCUCACCUGAAUCCCCGGUGACUACACCCCUCUCUGCAAAGUCUCCUCAUGGACGGAAGCGGUUGCGAGUCUCAACAGUCCUAGCUGCACGAAAAGCAAUGUCUCCGGCCACUGCUUCUCCACGGAGUGCUUCUACCGUUGCAUACUCCCCUUACUCACCCGCUGAGUGGAGAAUGCGUUAUCUCGACGGACCUCAGCUUCCUGCUGGCAAGUCUGUGACUGUUCGAGAGGUUAUCACUCGCACAGUCACGUAUAGGCGGGCUUCCUUGGAACCAACGCCACAGGCCAAGCGACGCCGAACUAGUGCAACUCCACAGGCUUGA